AUGCGUCCGGAGGUGGCCGCGAUCGUCCUCGUGUACUUCGUCCAGGGCAUCCUCGGCCUGUCGCGCCUCGCGAAGGACUACUUCCUCAAGGACGAUCUCCAUCUCUCCCCCGCCGAGGCGUCGCUCGUGCUCUCCGUCUCCGCGGCGCCGUGGCUCGUCAAGCCGGUGUGGGGGUUCAUCUCCGACAGCGUGCCGCUGUUCGGAUACCGCAGGAAGUCCUACCUCGUCCUGUGCGGCGCGCUCGGCGCGGUCGCGGGGUUCGGACUCAGCGCGUACGUGACGGACGUCCCGGGCGCGGUGAUCGCGUUCACGGCGGGGAGCCUAUCCACCGCGUUCGCCGACGUCGUCAUCGACUCCGUCGUCGUCGCCGCCGCGCGCGGGGAAUCGCAGGCCACGUCCGGGAGCCUCCAGAGCCUGUGCUGGGGCUCGGUCGCGCUCGGGGGGAUCGCCAGCGCGUACUUCAGCGGCGCGCUGAUCGAAGAGAGAGGCACGCGGUUCGUCUUCGGAGUCACCGCGUUGUUUCCGCUUCUCAUCGCGGCGGCGGCGACGCUCGUGAACGAGAAGCGAAUCGUCGACCCUAGCGACCGGGGUGACGCGCCGCCUCAUCCCGGGAUCGUCGAUGAGAUCAAGAUUCUCGGCGGGAAGCUCUGGGACGUCGGGAAGGACCGGAGGGUGUGGGCGCCGACGGCGUUCGUGUUUCUGUGGCAGGCGACGCCCAACCCGGGCGCGGCGAUGUUUUACUUUCAGACGGAAGCGUUGGGCUUCACGCCGGAGUUUCUCGGCCGCGUCGCGCUCGCGCGAUCGGUCGCCGCGCUCGUCGGCGUCGGCGUGUACAACGCGUACCUGAAAGACGUCCCGCUGAAGAAGAUGUUUACGGUCAGCGCGGUGCUGGGGACGUGCCUGGGCCUCACGCAGUUGAUAUUAGUCGCCGGCUUGAACCGCGAGUGGGGGAUCAGCGAUCAGUUCUUCAGCCUCGGCGACACCGUCGUGCUCACCGUGCUCGGGGAGGUGUCCUUCCUCCCCGUGCUCGUGCUCGCGGCGAAGACGUGCCCGGAGGGCGUCGAGGCGACGCUGUUCGCGGCGCUGAUGAGCGUCUUCAACGCCGGCGGCGCGGCGAGCGCCGCGCUCGGCGCCGCGCUCACCGCCGCGUUGGGCGUGACGGAGGAAAAUUUCGACGGGCUGUUCGCGCUGGUGCUGAUAUGUAACCUGUCGAGUUUGGUGCCGCUGUUGGGGCUGCGGUGGCUGGACGAGGCUGAUGGGGGAGAGGGCGGCGGCGGGGGAGAGGGCGGCGCGGAAGGGGUGCCCGCCGUGGCCGAUGCGAAGACGGACUAG